AUGGCGGAUUGCGCGAAAACCGCAUUACAAGAGGCCCGAAUGCAGCUAACCUGUUCCAUCGGCGAGAAACCAAUUGCUGGAGAAAUGCCGAAGGAAGUUCGUAGAGAAAUUAGAGAAGAGAGUGAGGGAAAGGAAGAUGAACUAGAAAGUUUCGGAGAGGAUGCAGCGGAUUUGGAUGUUCUAGACGUAAUGGGGUUCGAAUGCAUGACUCCUGUUCAGGCUGGAGUAAUUCCUUUAUUUAUGCAAAAUAAAGAUGUCGUUGUUGAGGCCGUUACCGGUUCCGGGAAGACUCUAGCGUUUGUUAUUCCUAUUAUCGAAAAGUUGAUGCGCCGUGAAACAUCACAAAAACACUCAAUUGGAGCUCUGAUUAUCUCUCCGACAAGAGAACUUGCACAACAAAUAUCAUCUGUUAUUGAUCUCUUCCUAAGAGAUGGUGCCAUCGUCCUAAAACAUGCUUUAUUUAUCGGUGGCACGUCGGCUCUGCAAGAUGACAUUAAACGAUAUAAAGAGUUGCGACCAGACAUUGUUGUCGGAACUCCCGGACGCUUGGAAGAUCUUGUGGUUGGGCGCGGAUCCUCAAGCGGGAUAAUUAACGCGAAAGAGAUGGAAGUGUUGGUUUUAGAUGAGGCCGAUAGACUGUUGGACAUGGGAUUUACUCAAUCCCUGAGUAAUAUUCUGGCUCAUCUUCCAAAACAAAGGCGCACGGGUUUGUUUUCUGCCACAAUGACUGAUGCGUUGACGGAAAUUGUGAGAGCUGGUUUAAGAAAUCCUGUACAUCUUCAGGCUAAAAUAGAAAACAAUUCCUCAAAAGACGAACAACGGACGCCAAUUACGCUAUCCAUUGGAUACAUCUUGUGCGAACCCCAUCAAAAGCUAUCCCAGUUGUUGCGAUUAUUGAAGAGGGAAACUGUGACAAAGUUUAUAAUAUAUUUUGCCACAUGUGCAUGCGUUGACUAUUUCUUCAAGCUAUUUAAAGGCUUGCCUCAGCUAAAAAAUUUCAAGAUAAAUUCACUACAUGGACAGAUGAAGAGUAAAAAGCGGAUUGCCAACUACAACACAUUUGUAAAUCUUCCGCCUACCUCAAAGGCCAUUUUAUUAUGUACAGACGUGGCUGCACGGGGACUGGAUGUUCCUGAUGUUGAUUUUGUAAUACAAUACGAUCCUCCACAAGACCCGAAAGUUUUCUCUCACCGUUGUGGCCGGACAGCAAGGGCAGGCAGAGGUGGAAAAGCGAUAGUUUUUCUAACGACAGGAAGGGAAGAGGUAUAUGUAGAAUUUUUGAAAAUUCGCAAAAUUCCUCUUCAGAGACAACCAUACUUGCUACCCGAUGGUGCCGUAUAUAAAUUGGAUGAGGAUUUGGAUGAUACAGUUCCCAAAGAAGAUACAGACAACGAGAGACUAAUUGAACAAGUUAGGAAGAUAAUAUUGUCCGAUAGAGACUAUCAUGAUAAGGGCACAAGGGCUUUUGUCUCGUAUGUGAGAGCGUACUCUAAGCAUGAAGCAAAUUAUAUAUUUAGGAUGAAGGAUCUUGAUCUGGGAAAAAUUGCCAAGGGUUUUGCAUUGUUACAGUUGCCAAAGAUGCCUGAACUGAAAGGGAGCAAUAUUGAGUUUGACAAAGUUCCAAUAGAGAUGGCAGAAUAUAAAUAUGCAGACAAAAACCGAGAGACGGCACGAGUAAAGGAACUAGAAAAUCCCCGAGGCAAGAGGAGAAAGUAUGUGCUUGUGUAA